AACAAAUGGAUACAGACCACUACAGUUACUACAUUUACUUGCUGCUAACAUUGCUGCCGGUUUAUCUAUUUUUCAAGCUAAUCCAGUGGUUUGGAUGGGAAGUGUUCAUUAAUAACUAAUCAAUUGCGUGUCGACAAGGACUAGGAAUUUUAUUCGGGACUGUCGCACUUGUACUUAGGAUCGGGAAUUGUGUGUAGUGCAUAGACACGAUUUUGAUUCUUGACCGGGAUUUUUUUGGAUAUGGGUAAGGACUGGGACGUCUAACAGUCAUUAGUAAAUGUGAAAUAUUGUUCAAAUGAAAUACGAAAAUAUUUUGAUAAUAAAAAUGAAAUUCAAUAA